GCUCUCAAUUGAAAGGAUCUUAAGGCAUUUGGGUGGGUGCACCAUUGCUCGUAGGAGGGAUGAACUACCCUGUAAUCACUAUAUCUUAAACCAAGGCCACAUUUGCCCAGGAGCCGAGCGCCUUCGCUUUUCAAUUUGUGUCAAUUUUAACAUUUUAGACGAAAUUCAGGCUAUUUAUGAGCAAAAGUGAGAUUUGAGGACUGCAGAUCCUUUAAUUGCAGAAAAGAUAUUAUUGUGUCCCUGCAAACGAUCUGAAAAAGGCAUCUUUCUCCUGUAUUAUUGCUAAAAAUUAAGCCCCUGUUUUAAAAUCACAAAAUGUCUAAAUUCAUUUCAAGUUCAUUGCAUGCUAUUAACAACCAACACUUUUGCCAAAAAUUGUAACAAAAUACCACUUCUAAGCAUUUCACUUCCUGAACUAACUGAAUAUUCUUUCAUGUGCAGCUACUUCUUGCUUUCUCUAAACCUCUUACUAUCAUUCUCUCCAUCAGCGUUCAACCUGACUUCCAUUUUUAACCUCGCUAACAUGUCUACUUCUGUGCGUCCUCGUCCAUCCCCUCUCAACUCCCCUCGUUCGUCUCCUUGUCCAUCACCACGCAGUUCGCCAAGAUUCUCAAGGAAACAUCUUCGAUCGCCAACAGUGAAGAAAAGGAUGAUGCCUGUGCUCAUAGUUCAUGGUGGAGCUGCUACUGUGCCUCCCGACAAACAAGCCUUAAAACUGGAGGGCGUCAAAAGAGCCGUUAACAAGGGAUAUGAUGUGCUGUUGUCACCGGAAGGUACUGCGUUGGAUGCUGUGGAAGCCGCUGUGAGGGUCAUGGAGGAUGAUCCGGUUUUUAAUGCUGGUUUUGGAUCAUCUCUUACCAUCAACGGUGAUGUAGAAAUGGAUGCUAUUGUAAUGGAAGGAACUCGAAUGAAAGCUGGAGCAGUUGCUGCUGUUACCAAACUUGCUAAUCCAGUUUCUUUGGCGAGGAAAAUUAUGGAACAGAGUGAUCAUGUUUUGCUGGUUGGUAAUGGAGCUCAUCAAUUCGCUCAAAUUGUGGGUAUGCCAUUGAUCCAACCACAACAGCUAGUUACUAAUUGGGCUCAAGACAGACUGCAACAGUAUAAAAGUUUUACGAACGCUGUUCAUUUAGCGAUGACCCUCAAUGACCACGAUACAGUGGGAGCUGUGGCAAUCGACUCUGCCGGUCACGUAGCGUGUGCCACAUCCACAGGUGGCAUUACAGCCAAACGUGCUGGAAGGGUUGGUGAUACUCCUGCUGUCGGAGCUGGUGGAUUUGCUGAUGAUUUUAUUGGUGCUGUUUCUACUACUGGUCAUGGAGAGACAAUCAUGAGAGUCUGCCUCUCUCGACAUAUUACAGGGCUCAUGCAGCAAGGCAUGUCUGCACAUGAUGCUGCUGUUGCAGGUUUAGAAUAUAUGAAAAAUCGUGUUCAGGGCUAUGGUGGUGCAAUUUGUGUCAGCAACAAUGGAGAAGUUGGCAUUCAUUUUACAACUGAGCAUAUGGCCUGGGCCUACAGAAAGGGCAACAUAUUGCAUUUCGGGCUCACUCCAAAUGAAGAUAUAUCAGAUGUAGUGCAAAUAGACUGUUCUCCAUAGUGACAAUUAUCAUGACCUUCUAGAAUUUUUACAAGGAUUGUAAAUGAGAUUUUUUUUUUGGCAAAUGAUUUAGCAAAGCUAUUUUUGGAAAAUUAUAUAUAGAUAAGCAUAUUUAUAUCAUGUACUUAAUGGUUGAACCUUUCCUUUCCAUUCCAUUCACAUUUUUCACUUUGCUGUUAAGAAUAUGCAUGAUUUGAAUUUAAUUCUUAUGAAUUAUGCUAAUCUUAGUCACAAGCUAUCUUUGAUUUCAUACUGUACUGUACUUUGAAUUGGUUAGAUAAUUUAGAUGUAAAUGAUUUUUUUAUAUUAAUGUAAUUCUCUGUUAUAUCUUGUAAUAAUCACUUACAGUCAUUAAUA